CACUGACUCCGAAAAAAAACAGUUGUGCUCGAGACUUCACUGCGAUUUCCUGUGUUAGCAAGUGCCUUCUGAAUUUUAAGCUUUUUCACGGAAUAUCCGCAAUCGUAGUGACAAAAUUGCGUAUUUGCGAGAAAAUGUAGGUGCUUUGGUGCAAAUUGGUGUAUUUUGUUUACAGAAAAGUGGCCAAAAAAGUGAAUGAAAAGUGUGUUUAAAAACAAGUGAACCACCAACAAUGAACGAAACAAGUGGCUUUCUUGCCAUCAAAAGAACAUUUUUGCCAUUUUAGCGGAUAUGUAAUGAGGAGAGCAGAGAUUGAGAGACAAUAAUGUCAUGGGAUCGUGCACGAGGAGACACUAUUUGCUGGCGAUAUGCAUCCUGCAAUUGCUCACCAUCAUCGAGCGACAAGUUAUGGACUUCCUGGGCUACAUGUGGGCACCGAUUCUUGUGAACUUUUUCCACAUAAUUUUCGUGAUCUUUGGCUUCUUCGGUGCCUAUCAAUUCCGUCCCAAGUACAUUGUGACCUAUUCCGUAUGGAAUUUCCUCUGGAUCGGAUGGAAUAUCUUUCUGGUGUGUUUCUACCUGAAUGUGGGAUCUCUGGAUCGGGAGAGUGAUAUGCUAAAUCUUGGCACUGGAAGUUUCUCAUGGUUUCUAAUCAAUGGAUAUGGGUGCAAGCCAACUUAUCCGACAAAUAUCACCUCUGAAGAUCCUUUUAGGCCCAUAAGACCGGAAAAAGUUGACAAUUGCCUCUUGGAAUAUCAUACCGUUGAAGUUAUUCAUUCAUCAAUUCAAAUAAUUCUGGCUAUUCUGGGAAUCAUUGGAGCAAUAACCAUUGGAAAAAUUUUUAUUGAGGAGGACGAUGAUCGUUUCGAUUUCAUGGGUGGAGACGCCAAGAGUCCACAGCAUACAGCUGUUCAUCCAAUGUACGUGAGCUACACCAGUUUACCCACAAGUGGUACAUUGUCAAAGAGUAAUACUGACACCCCAAAACGGGGAUUUACAACGGAUGAGGCUAAGGUAUCUCUGGCAAGUCUUGAGAUGCGUCCUCAUAUAAAGUACACCGAAUUGUCUACUGAACAUCUGAUGGAGGCAGAAAAUGGGGGUCAAUUUACGGGGAUUGAUGAUUUAGAUGAGGAAAUGAGGGAUUUCUAUGCAGUGGAAAAUUUAGCUACGGUAGACAAGAGCAAUCGUAGCCGACGAGCAGUUUUUGAAGUGCCCAAGAGAGACUUUGAUCCUCCAAAAAUCUAUCGAGCAUAUGCAUUGCCACCUCCACCGCCUCAUCUUGUUGCUGCGGCACCCAAGAGCCCAGAUUUUGAGCCAUAUCGCAUGCCACAGGUACAUGGUACCAAAUCACCCCAAUUGAAAACUCGAAGACGCUACGAGAGGCAUCAUGUCCCAAUAAAUUCCGGCAACUACUGUGACCAGAUUCGAGAUACUCCACCAGGGUAUUUUUAUCCAGCCGGUGAGGCUAUUCAGCGUGCCAAAUCUCAUGAUCGCCUAUCGCAUCGUGCUAGGCGAUCCAGCCAAGGAUCCCGACCGAGAUCCUUCUGCAGCAACAACUAAUAUGCUCCUUAGAUCAAUGCCUUAUUCUUUCAUUUUUUGUGGAUGAGACAAAAUACUUUGAGGUGCUUUUUAUCGAACAAAAAAAGAAGAAAAAAAAACAUUUUUCAUACACGAUAAGGGAGACUGGGGUAAAAAGUAACAAAUUGAAAAUUUGAAAAUUCAAUAUCUUCCAAGAUAAAAAAGAUAGCGACUUGAAAUUUUUUCCAUAGAUGGCCACCAUAGACCUUCUUCAAAGUCGUAAGUUUCUUGGAAUUUGAACAAGGAAUUCAGAAAAUAAAAAAAAAUAUUGAAAUUUUUAGCCCUAUUUUUGAAAUGUUUUCCUUGCAACAGAUAUCAAUUUUUACCUAUUUAUUUUCCAAAAUUGAUGCACUGUUGAGUAUUUCCUAAAUGAUUUGAAUUCUUUGAAUACGGAACCACUAUCGAUUUUAGAAUUACACAAAAGUUCUUUUCUCCAGAAAUCCUUUUAUUAAAAAUAGCCACUUGGGGCAAAAAGUAACAAAAGGUAUAGAGCAAAAAGUAACAAAGACCGAAGCAAUUUCUGACGUCUCACGGCGAGAAGAGGCAUCAUUUCCGCAUCUCGCCGCUUUUAUUUUCAUUGGUCAAACGAUUAGCAGUCUCGUGUGUAUUUUUUUCUAAAAUAGCUUGAAAAGCGCUUUUAUCGUUCAGAUAGGGUAGAGUUAGUACUUUUUCGCCAGUAAGCACUUUUUCGCCAUCUACAAAUAAAAUCAUUUUUUAAGGGAAUUAUGAGCUCAUGAAACUACGAAAUGAGUAUUAUUUCAUGAUCUCUAGUCUAAUGCAUCAAGAAACCAUAUCAUGCUCCUUACCGACUAGAUUAUUUGCAAGUUAUGAAAAGAAAUUCUCGACAAGGUGAACAAUCAUCAAAAAAAUAUGGAGUUCUUAAGAAAAACUUGUCAACGCUAAGAGAAACUGUCUUGCAUUAUUUUAUGUUUUUGCUGUACAGUAGGGUAAAUGUGCCAAAUUUCGGCAUAGUUGCAUGCAAGUGUUAAAGUCUCAAGUUUGAAAUGUAAUAUUUUAAAUAUAAAUUGAUUCUUUUUAUUCUUCCUUCUGAAAGAGUGUUGCUUGGAACCUUGUAAAGAGUUUACCGUCUUUAUUUACUCUAAAAUCAUUCUUAAUACAUUUUAAAAUGAAUAAAAAUAUAGACAUAGCUUUGGUGCCCUAUUUCGGCCACCUUCAUUCUCAUAGUUCCUUGUCCUUCAGGAAUUCUUCCAAUAUCUUUUUCACGUCAUCUCGUUUGUCGAGCUGCACUUUUUGCUAUUCUUUUGCAUUGUAUAAUCUCUAAAGAGUAUGUAAAAACUAAAAAUUCAUGGAAAUUCGAGGAACAAAAAAUGUGGCCGGAAUUGCAAGCUGGCCGAAAUUUGGCACACUUACCCUAUGUGAUAUUUUUCACUAAAACUCAAUCUCUUAUUAACUAAACUUUGUUGUAAGAUCAUUUUUAAUAAUGUUUUUUUUUUAAAAAUUAAUGAAAUUCGGAUGUGGUGAAAAGGGCUUACUUUUCCGGCUGCGUAAGUACUUUUCGCCACUCAUUUUUUCCAAGUAUUUUACAAGUGGCGAACCUCGCGGAUUAUAGUCGAAACAGGCGUGAUUUUCGAUCGAUUUUUUGGUCCAAAUAAAAAAUGUGCAAAAAUCAUUUCAAAUAUUCUAAUAAUUGUCCAGUAUCGGUGUUAUAUAAAAAAAAGUACUGUACCGUGUAUUUUGGGAGUUUCAGACAGCUGCUGUUUCUUAAAAUUCGAUUAAAAACAAGUGGCGAAAAAGUGCUUACACAAUGGCGAAAAAAUGUUUACAAAGUGGCAAAAAGUACUGAAACAUGCAUUCUUGUAGGAAUUGUAUUUUUUCAACUCGAUGCCCAAAAAUUCCUGGGAAGUCUCCUGGUUUAAUAGAGAGACAAGGCUUCAAAGCAUUUGUACAAAAAAUUUCAUUUUAUUUCGACAAAAAUUGGAAUAAUUACAAGAGUAUCAAACCUUAAGGUGGCGAAAAGGGCUUACUCUACCCUAGAGAAAACUGUGUUUUACAAAGGUGUAGAGGAAUAAAUUUCCUAUGAAAAUAUGUCACCUAACUAUUUUUUUUUUAAUUUACGAAAGCUCGUAAUAAAGCAAUCAAAAUGUAAUAAUAUCCCAUACCUGCUACUGUUUGCCCCAGCAUUUUUGAGAAUGGUCGCAAAAUUACCUUUUAGAAAACAGCUCGAUAAAUGUAUUUCCUUACAAAAUAGAGGAAAAUGACUUUCACAAAAUUGUAGAGCAGUAAAUUUCCUAUAAAACUGCACUAAUCAGAAUUUCUGGGGCGCUAGGGGUGCUUGUAAAAAAAUAUUCGUUUUGUUACUUUUUGCCCCAGUCUCCCCUAUUGACAAACGCUGAAAUUUUUCGUAUUUGAGUAUUUUCUUUCAGUGAAAAAAAAAGAAAGAAGUGCGUGAUAUAAUGAUGUUUUAGCAAAUAUUUUAACACUAUUUUAUCUGCCUAGCGAGAGAAUGCUGAUGGGAUUUUCCAACAUUAUCUCGCAUAUUAUGAGAUUUAUACCCAAAUCACGAUAAACAAAUUUUUUGAAGGAUAUUUCUGCUGUAAAGAAAUCUUCUAAAUUCCUAUUGGCGUUACCUAUUUGAAUUUUUUAUCAAAAUAGGAAGACAAGAUUUUUAAUAAAGUCAUUUUGGAUCCUUUUGCUUCCUCUUGGCUUUUUAAUCUUAGCUCCGGCACACCUUUUAGAUCAGGAAAAUUUCAUGAAGUCGAAAUUCGAAACCCUCUCUUUCUAACAUGUUUUGGAUAUGACUUAUCUCAUUCUUUCGAAUACCAAAUUCGAUUGAGCUAAAAUUGAAUUUAGAGUGAUGUUUAAGAGAAGAAAGAAGAGUGCGAGAGAAUGAGAUAGACAUAUGCAAAACAUGUGAGAAAGAAAUGGGUCCGAAAUUCGACUUCAUGAAAUUUUCUUGAUCUGAAAGGUGUGCCGGAGCCAUUACAUCAGAAAAUUCUCUUGAAAAUUUUGUCAAUGUGACUAUGGGAUCUUAAUGUAAUUGUUGGAUAUAAAAUAAUUCAUAGUUUAUUGAUAAAAAAAAAAGAAAAAAAAGGACUUUAGAGCGAGGAUGAAAAGACACUUUGCCUUGAACAAAUUAUAUUGUAGAAUUAAUCAAUAUUUAGAGUUACUAGUUAAUAACUGUAGAUGAUUAACAAUUGUUGAUUAGUUUGAGAACAUCGAAAAAAAAGAAAUAUUGUGACGAAGAAUAUUGAAAAAAAAAUAAGUAAUAAAAGUUGGAAAGUAUUUUUAUGCUGACAAUGCA